AUGUGGAGCCUGGGCUGUAUCCUGGUGGAGAUGCACACAGGGGAGCCUCUCUUUGCUGGGUCCAACGAGUUUGACCAAAUGAUGAAGAUUGUGGAAGUACUGGGCAUGCCACCCAAACACUUGCUGGACCAGGCCCAGAAGACCCGCAAGUACUUUGAUCAGUUGCCAGAUGGGACCUACAUCCCUCGCAAGUCUAAAGACAACAAAAAGUGCAAGCCUCCACACUCGAGAAAACUUCACGACGUCCUUGGUGCUGAAAGUGGUGGUCCUGGGGGUCGGAGGACAGGUGAGGCGGGACACGGAGUCCCGGACUACCUCAAGUUCAAGGAUCUUAUCCUACGGAUGCUGGAUUAUGAUCCCAAAACACGGAUUACCCCUUACUAUGCCCUGCAGCACAAUUUUUUCAAGAAGACUUCAGAUGAAAGUACAAACACCAGCAGCAGUACCUCGACCAGUCCCGCCAUGGACACUAGCGCUGGCAGCCCUGCAGUUGGCGGUCAUUUGAGUGGACGAGCACCGUCAGAUCCUAGUCACCAGUACCACAACCACUUACACGCUCACACCCAGCUGAUCUCUGGUGGUUCUGCUGCCGCUGUUCAAGGGCUGCACCGCCAGCAACUGCUGCUGCGCGAGGAGGAUGUUGGGCCUGUGUCUUCAAACUUCUCCUCCAUGGAUUGUGAGAGUCCUUCGUCGGUGGGCCUGGGUCAGUCUCGGCCACCUCCAGCUCACCAGUCGCACCGUGGCGGCGGCAACAGAAGCUCACAGCACGUAGUGUCAGUUGAGCAGCACCGGGCUCAGCAUCACCAUCAGCAGCAGCAGCAUUAUCAACCGCAGCUGCAGCACAAUCACAUCAGUCAGCAGAACAGUUGGGCUGGGGUUGACUCAGUCAUGUCCCGGCAUGGGUCCAGCGACCCGCAGCAGAUCAGUUUGUCAUCAGGCACAGGCAUGUUGAUGGGAAGUGUCGUGUUCAGCCAGCCAUCCAGACAUUCGUACAUGAGCCGCAGUUCUCAGCCAUCAUCAUCAUCAUCCACUUCCCUCCACCAUGCGGGAAUGACAUCCCCUCCAUCCUCCGCUGUGAUAAUUGGUGGAUCUGUGUACGAUACUUCAGCUGUCCCGUUAUCCUUACAGCGGCCAGUGACACACUAUGACCCACAAGUAUUAUUAUCCUCCUCCUCAUCCUCGUUCUCGUCUUCCAGUUUACCCGUAGACUUGUCAGGCCUGACGUCACUUCACAAUGGCUCCACACAAAGCCUAGUCACCUUUGGUAACCUGCCGCAACAUCCUCGGGUCCUGCGGGCAGUCCCACAGCAACACACAGUCAUCACCAGCCCAACCAUGCUGAUUGGCUCGACCUCGGCUGUUGCUCUCUCCCAGACUGACCUCAUCUCGACCAGUGGUCAUCCUUUUGGUGUGACUUUAUCAGGAUACCCUGCUGGUCAUUAUGCAUGUCCCCAACAGAACUGGUCACAGCCCCAUGUGAACUCACACUACCCCUUCACCAUCGCUGCAUCGGCCACACCCGUGUCUCAGGCUUCAACCAGUCUCCAGAAAGCUCACAGUGCCUCAGAGAGAGGGGAUGAUUCUCCCAUGGUUGGAGUCUGUAUACAACAGAGUCCUGUAGCAAGUCAUUGA